AUGUGCCUGUCGUGCGGCCUGAUCCACUGCUCCCGCAGCGAGAAUCAAGAUGCAUUGCGGCACUACAGCCUCUACAAGUCCCACUGCAUCGCCAUGAGCUGCAACGAUACGAGUGUUUUUUGCUACGAAUGUGACGAGUUCAUCUGCGACGACACCGAGGAUAGCAAGAUUGAUUCGGUGCGCCGCUCCCUGCGCACGUAUAACAAAGCAAGGGCCGCCGAUCAUUUAUAUUCGCUAAACUAUCAUUCCUAUGAAGACGGGCUCGAUUCGCAGGGUGAGGAGGGGACGGAGGAGGAGGAUGUCUGCGUCGUUCAUUCUACGUCACCGCAUUCCGCAAUUUUCGUCGUGGACGAGGAAAGCGCUUCCGUGCCAGAAGAUGACAUCUCCAUCGGCGGCCUGGCCAUCCGCACCCCUCCCGUCAAACAAGGGCCCCUUCACAUCUCCGCCUCGGCCCCCGCCCUCGGCAAGGUCGGCCCAUGUGUCGUCAAAGGAGGCCAUAUGCUGAGAGCACGGAAGAGAAAGAUCUCCCCACAACCGAUCAACCCACUCGACGGGGCCGCGCAUCGUGAUGUGCCGUACUUGGAAUUCAAGCGACGCGGACUGGCGAAUCUGGGCAACACCUGCUUCGUCAAUGCCGUGCUCCAGGCCCUGACUUCAAUCGACUGGUUCCGCGAGUUCAUGGCCGCACUGCCACUCCUCGAGGCCGACACCAUCGAGCCGCCGUCAGAAUUCCGGGCCAAGAAGCCCUUCUACCACACGCGGAGGGCGACCGCGCAAAUCGAGAGCGCCGACAACAACACGCAACAGCAUCUUGUCCCGAUCUUCGCCGAGAUGCUCCGCCAAACGAUCAACGAGAUCAUCAACCACAGAGCGAAUAGCCACGAGCCCGACUCGUUCUUCCAGGCCGUCUGGCGGCUGAACCCGAGAUUCCGGGGCUUCCAACAGCAAGAUUCGCACGAGUUUCUGCGGAUGAUGCUCGACAAGGUGCACAGCGAUUUGCGGAAGUGCCGAAUCCCAGAGGAUGUCGAGCGAAGAUUCGCAAGCCAAUGCGGCAACGCCAGCAUGGGGGCCACCGAAUCGGCCAUAUCGCGACUUUUCGAGGGCGCCCUCCUCAGCCAGGUCAUCUGCCUGACCUGCCGCUCCGCCAGCAACAUACAGGACCCAUUUCUAGGCAAGCAU